AUGGACAAGACCAGUCUCUCCAGUAAUUGGAAGAAGCUGCAGGCGACGUUGAAGAAGGACCCACCUACUACCAAGCGCAAGUCUUCCGAUCGCGACGGAGAUGCUACCGUGAAGAAACGCAAGACAGAAAAGCCCAAGACCAAGACCACGACACGAGAGAAGCUACCACUCAAGCGCAAGAGAAUGUCCGAGAGAACAGAGUUGGCCACAGACUCCCACACUCCGGCCUCACCUACCCGGAGAAAGUCCAGCGCAGCAGCGCCCGUUGAGCCCAAGAUCAGUUCCCGUGCCGGAAAAGAGAAUGAAGGUCGUUCGCCGAACGCCGAACUAGGAAAAUACGUCGCCAUGGAUUGCGAAAUGGUAGGCGUCGGACCAAACCCAGACAACGACUCCGUACUGGCCCGCGUCAGUGUGGUCAACUUCAACGGCGACCAAGUAUACGAUUCAUACGUGCGGCCCAAGGAGAUGGUCACAGACUGGCGUACACAUGUCAGCGGAAUCGCACCAAAACACAUGAUCGAAGCCCGGACUUUUGAACACGUGCAGAAAGAAGUGGCAGAGAUCAUGAAAGACCGCAUCCUCGUUGGUCACGCUGUCAGCAAUGAUCUCGACGCUCUUCUGCUCAGUCACUCUAAGCGCGACAUUCGAGAUACGAGCAAGCAUGCACCGUAUCGGAAAAUUGCCGGCGGUGGAUCACCGCGUCUGAAGAUGUUGGCGGAGGAGUUCUUGGGAUUGAAGAUUCAGGAUGGAGCGCAUUCUAGUGUGGAGGAUGCUCGGGCUACGAUGGCUCUUUAUCGACGCGAGAAGGAUGCCUUUGAGCGGGAGCAUUUGAAGAAAUGGCCUGCUCGUAUGAUUGCAGAUAAUCGGGAGAAGGGAGAUGGCGAGAAGAAGAAAAAGAAGAAGAAGAAGACUACUCGCAAGCGGUGA